GGAGUCCAAAUCGGGAAUACCGCAUCGAUAUGGCAUCGAUUGAACAGAUGGAAAGUGUGGAAAGCAUCCUCAACCAACACCUUCCCCCGGGGGAACGGGAACAGGUCCUUCGCGUCUUGUAUGGAAAAGAAACAAAGCCGCUGAGUUUGCCACAAGCAGCUCUCACUACAGCAGAGAAAAAUGACUUUGAAAUCAAAGGAUACAGUUUCUCAGCAGCACCUGAGCAGCUGCGGGCACCAAGAAUUGUACGGGUUGGUCUCAUUCAAAACAAGAUUGUCAUUCCAACUGACCGUCCACUUAAGGAACAGAGAGAUGCGUUGCAUCAGCAUAUUUCAACAAUUGUCAAAGCUGCAGCAGAAAGCCAAGUGAACAUCGUAUGCUUCCAAGAAGCAUGGACUAUGCCUUUUGCAUUCUGCACAAGAGAAAAGAAACCAUGGUGUGAAUUUGCUGAGUCUGCUGAGGAUGGGCCAACGACUGAACUUGUGAAAGAUCUCAGCAAACAGUACAACAUGGUGAUUAUAUCUCCAAUUCUGGAGAGGGAUACUGUCCAUGGAGAAACCAUCUGGAACACGGCUGUAGUAGUUAGCAAAGGGCGAUAUGUAGGAAAACACAGGAAGAACCACAUUCCGCGAGUUGGAGACUUCAAUGAAAGCUCGUACUACUUUGAGGGCAACACUGGCCAUCCAGUCUUCCAGACUGAGUUUGGAAAAAUUGCUAUCAACAUAUGCUAUGGGCGUCACCAUCCACUGAACUGGUUUAUGUUCGGUGUCAAUGGAGCUGAGAUUGUAUUCAAUCCAUCUGCUACAGUUGGAGAAUUAAGUGAGCCACUUUGGGGUAUUGAAGCACGAAAUGCAGCAAUUGCCAAUAGUUACUUUACAUGUGCCAUUAAUAGAGUUGGAACAGAAAAGUUUCCAAAUGAAUUUACAUCCGGUGAUGGUCGUCCCGCUCACCAAGAGUUUGGUCACUUCUAUGGCUCCAGCUAUGUUGCUGCACCAGAUGGAUCUCGUACACCAGGAUUGUCAAGAAUAAAAGAUGGUCUCCUGAUUGCCGAAAUGGAUCUCAAUUUGUGCCGCCAAGUUAAAGAUGUUUGGGGCUUUCAGAUGACGCAGCGCCUGGACAUGUAUGCGAAAAGCAUAGAUGCCGCUAUCCAACCAAACUAUGAACCACAAAUCAUUAACUAAACUCAUGGUAUUGUAUUACCUGGGGGCCAGCUAAUUGUAACAAUUAUAUACUCACAAAAUAUAGUUGGGAGGAGCUUACGUAGUACUACUACAAAGCACCUACUGUUUUCAAAUCAGUACAAUUCGUACAUUUACAAACUGUUAUUGAACCUUUUCCUUAUAACUUAGUAAAUACUAACAUGAAUUCGAAAAUAAACUAUAACAACUAAUUGUUUGA